AUGUAUUUCACAAGUCGAGGUUGCAUUGCAGAAGACCUUGUAGCAGGCAUUAAGGAAGUCGAGAGACUCGAGGGUGAGCGGAGAAAAGUUGCAGAGAAGAUUAGUGUCGUGUUGAUCGCACAUUCGGCGGGUGGAGCGCUGAGCCAGUGGGUGCUAAGCAGAGGGUUGUUGAGGGUCCAGGGCUUCUGUAUGUUUGCUGCGGUACCAGGAUUCGGAUCGUGGACAUGCUAUAAAUUCUGGGCUCUUUCUGCGCCGCUGAACUUCCUCUACCGUUUCAUGCACCCAAGAUACAUUUUAGCGACAACCAAGCAGGUUCAUGACGCCUUCUUCUCACCCUCAACACCGACUUCUGUCGUCAAAGAUCUGGAACGCCUUCUCAGCCCCUACGAAUCCAUGGGCUGGCCGAUGCAAGCACUCUUUCCUUUCGUGACUGGACCAGACGUACUCAAGUCUAUUACCGGAUGGAAGUUGGAACAUUCGACUAACGAAGAUGGAAGCGAAACUACUGUUAUGCCACGAUUUUUGGUUCUAGCGGCAGAGUUAGACGUCCUCUGCACACCAUCAGUAUUACUUGAUGCAGCGAAACGUUACCGUGCUGCGUUGUGCGAUUGCGUCAGAUCUGGAAAAUUGGAUGGUAUCAGCAAGUAUGAUGUGCGUGUCAUGGAAAACGGUGAUGGAGAAUGGGGCGGUGUUGUAUUCAAAGUUGUGAAAGGAGUAGCGCAUCAUUUGCAGAAUCAUAUUGAGUGGGAAAGAGGUGCGGAAGAGGUUUGGACAUGGAUUGAGAGCUUGUGA